GCAAAAUGAAGGCCACCAUCCUCUUCAUCCUUUUUCUGUUCCUCAUUCUGGAGAAACCAUCCUUUGGGAGAAGGCUGCAUGGGCAGGCCAUCAAUAGGCCUGGUUCCUGUCCCCGGGUUAUGAUAUACUGCCCAGCAAGGCAUCCUCCCAACAAGUGCACGAGUGAUUAUGACUGCCCAAAGCCUCAGAAGUGCUGCCCAGGCUACUGCGGGAAGCAAUGUUAUCAACCUGAAUGAGGUGGAACCUAAUCUCUCCGAACCUAUCCCAGGUCCAGGCCUUCAGGCUUCCCUCUGGUUCUGUAUCACUUCCCUCCCCCACAUUCCCAAUUCGUUCUCCCUCUCUGGAUGCCAGCUCUGGGGCUGCUUUUGUAUUUCAGUUUUCAAUAACAACAACAACAACAACAAUAAAAACCCUCUGUGCCCUUUG